AUGAAAUCUAUCCACCUCAUUCUCAUCCAUUUGGCUUUUACAAAUACGAUGACACUUCUUACAAAAGGGAUGAUGGGGACAAUAUCCAGUUUUGUGUUAAGAAACCUCCUAGGUGACAUAGGCUGUAAGAUUGUGGUUUACCUCAGCAGGGUGGCCCGGGGCCUGUCCAUCUGCACCACCAGUCUCCUCACAGUGGUCCAGGCCAUCACCAUCAGCCCCAGAGCCUCCAGGUGGAGGAGGCUGCAGCCCAGGUCAGCCUGGCACCUGCUUCCCUUGUUGCUCUUCUGUUGGAUUCUCAAUUCCUUGAUAGGCAUGAGCUUACCAUUUUAUAUCAAAAAUAUCAGCAGUAUGAACACAUCAAAAAUCAGUAAAAACAAUGGCUACUGUUAUUUUGAAUCAGAAAACAGGAUAAUCAGAUGGAUUUUUAUUGCUCUCAUGGUCCUUCSAGAUGCUGUGUUCCAGGGUGUCAUGGGCUGGGCCAGUGGCUACAUGGUCUUCCUCCUCCACAAGCACCACCAGCAGGUGCUCCACCUUCAGACCUCCAAGCUCCUCCACAGAACCCCCCGAGAUGAAGGCUGCAAAGAGUGUCCUCCUUCUGAUGCUCUGCUUUCUCUUCUUCUAUUGGGCAGAUUGUGUUGCUUCUUUAUAUAUAAACUUCUCAUUAGAGAAAGAUUCCAUUGCACUAAGUCUUCAUGA